AUGGGGUCAUACUUCUCAACUACCCGUACCGAAGACAACGAUGUCACCACAUCUCAAACCGCCAACUAUUCCAGCUACCAAUCAUCAUGGUUCGCCCACCCGUCAACAGGUGAAUCUUGGUCCGCAGGAUUUAUAAGCCCUAACAAUACCACUGGUCGACCUCGAAGUAAUCCUUACACAAGUAAUUAUCUUGAUCCAGGUUGGGUUACUCCGAUUGUCAGGAACGGAAAUUCUCGCAGAUUCACAUAG